CACACCAUGCAAACACCUUUGUUCUCCGUCUGCUACCUACUGCUGGUCUCAUGCCUUCUUCUCUUGGAAGAGGCACAUGCGGCGCGCCAUGUAGGGAUCUCACUGAGGUCUCAACACACGGCUCUCCUCCACUGAAAAGCUACACUUGCAAGCCCACCGCUGCAGAUGAGCUCUUGGCAGGAAAACACCGGCCCGUGCAACUGGACAGGCAUCAUGUGCGCGGUUGUUCGCCAUGGCCGCCGCAUGCCCUGGGUGGUGACCAACAUCUCGCUGCCGGGUGCUGGCAUCCAUGGCCAGCUUGGUAAGCUCAACUUCUCGGCUCUUCCAUUCCUCGCAUACAUUGACCUCAGCAACAACAGUCUCCAUGGUCCAAUACCAGCUAGUAUCGGCUCUCUAUCAGCACUUUCGGAGCUUUACCUUACCUACAACCAGCUCACAGGGAGAAUUCCUCAUGAGAUUGGUGGCCUGCAAAGUCUCGGGGUGCUUGAGCUCUCAUUCAACAGACUCACGGGGCAUAUCCCUGCGUCUCUUGGCAACCUAACAAUGUUAAAUGAUCUUAUAAUUCAUCAAAACAUGGUAUCAGGUCCCGUCCCUAAGGAGAUUGGAAGGCUAGUUAACCUACAAAUUCUACAGCUAAGCAACAACACCUUAAGCGGCAUGUUACCAAAAAACCUUGGAAAUCUGACCCAACUAAAUACUUUGCGCCUAUUUGGUAAUCAACUUUCAGGGCCUAUACCCCAAGAACUUGGAAGGCUAAUCCAUUUGCAAAUUCUUCAGCUUAAUUCAAAUGAUUUUUCAGGUUCAAUUCCAAUCUCCAUAACUAAUCUUACUAAGAUGAACACACUUUUCCUCUUUGAAAAUCAAAUAACAGGUCCAAUACCCUCGGCAAUAGGCCGUCUCACUAUGCUAAACCAACUUGCCCUCUACACAAACCAAAUAGCAGGUUCAAUACCCCUAGAACUAGGGAACCUCACUAUGUUGAAUGAACUUACUCUCUAUACAAAUCAACUCACAGGUCCAAUACCUUCAGUAUUGGGCAGCUUGUUGAAUCUCCAAGUGUUAAACUUAGACCAAAACCAAAUAACCGGUUCCAUUCCCCAUGAGAUUGGCAAUCUGAUGAACCUCGAAUAUUUAAGCUUGUCUCAGAACCAAAUUUUGGGAUCAAUACCAAAAACUUUCGGGAAGUUGCAACGCAUCAAAAGCCUUAAACUCUAUGAAAACAAAUUAUCAGGUUCUCUUCCUCAAGAAUUUGGACAUCUCAUAAGCCUUGUUAUCAUCGAUCUAUCUAACAACUCACUUUCAGGACCUUUACCCACAAAUAUAUGUUCAGGUGGUAGACUUCAAUAUUUCAAUGUUCAUUCUAAUAUGUUCAAUGGCCCCGUUCCAGGUAGUUUAAAGACUUGCACGAGUUUGGUUCGAAUUUCCCUUAGAAGGAACCAACUAACAGGAGAUAUAUCUCAGCAAUUUGGUGUGUAUCCACAACUCAUACAGAUGGUCUUAGCAUCGAAUAGACUCUCUGGGCACAUCUCACCAAAUCUUGGUGCAUGUACCCAACUAACGAUACUACAUAUGGCAGAAAAUUUGAUCACGGGUUCCAUACCUCCGAUCCUUUCUCAAUUGCCCAACCUAGUAGAUCUGAGACUCAAUUCUAAUCAUCUCAGCGGUGAGAUUCCACCAGAAAUCUUUACUUUAACGAAUCUAUAUAGCCUGAACUUAUCAUCGAACCAAUUAUCCGGAUCCAUACCUACACAGAUAGAAAAGCUAGGCAAUCUAGGAUAUCUUGAUAUAUCUGGGAACAGACUGAGUGGAUUAAUACCUGAGGAACUAGGGGCAUGCAUGAAACUACAAUCCUUGAAGAUCGACAACAACAACUUCAGUGGGAGUUUGCCUGGCGCGAUUGGAAAUUUAGAAGGCCUGCAGAUCACGUUAGAUGUGAGCAACAAUAACCUCAAUGGUGUGUUACCACAACAAAUUGGGAAGUUGGAGAUGCUAGAAUCUCUGAAUUUAUCGCAUAAUCAGUUCAGAGGCAGCAUUCCAUCUUCCUUCUCAAGCAUGGUGAGCCUUUCAACACUCGAUGUUUCCUACAACGAUUUGGAAGGACCAGUUCCAACAACACAGCUUCCCCAAAAUGCUUCAGUGAAUUGGUUUCUACCUAAUAAAGGUCUGUGUGGCAACCUCUCUAGCCUGCCACCUUGUUAUUCAACUCCAUUAGUCAGUCACCAUAAGCAAAAGAUACUUGGUUUACUUUUGCCAAUUGUUGUUGUGAUGGGUUUCGUCAUUGUUGCUACAAUUGUUGUCAUAAUAAUGCUUACUCGUAAGAAGAGAAAACCACAAGAAGGUGUCACUGCGGAAGCAAGGGACCUAUUCUCUGUUUGGAAUUUUGAUGGAAGAUUGGCAUUUGACGAUAUUCUAAGGGCGAUGGAAGACUUCGAUGAUAAGUACAUCAUCGGAACAGGAGGGUACGGCAAAGUCUAUAAGGCACAACUCCAAGACGGGCUGCUAGUUGCUGUGAAGAAGCUUCACCAGACCGAAGAAGAGUUGGGUGACGAGAGAAGAUUUCUCAGUGAAAUGGAAAUAUUAUCACAGAUCCGACAACGAAGCAUUGUUAAAAUGUAUGGAUUCUGCUCCCAUCGAUUAUAUAAAUUUCUCGUCUACGACUACAUUCAGCAGGGCAACCUCCACGGAACAUUGGAAAGUGAGGAGCUAGCAAAGGAAUUGGAUUGGGGGAAGAGAAUUGCUCUUGCAAUUGAUGUGGCCCAAGCAAUAUCUUUUUUGCACCAUGAAUGCAGUCCACCUAUAAUCCAUCGAGAUAUCACGAGCAACAACAUCUUACUUGAUACAGCGUUCAAGGCUUUUGUCUCGGAUUUCGGCACAGCAAGGAUUCUUAAGCCCGAUUCAUCAAACUGGAGUGCACUAGCAGGAACAUACGGCUACAUAGCUCCUGAACUGUCGUACACAUCUGUUGUGACAGAGAAAUGUGAUGUCUAUAGCUUUGGCGUGGUUGUGCUGGAGCUAGUGAUGGGGAAGCAUCCAAGGGAUCUAUUAGAUGGUAGUUUGUUGAGCGUGGAACAAUCUAUAAUGGUGAAAGAUAUUCUGGACCAACGGCCCACAUCACCAACAGAAACAGAAGAGAAUAGAUUAGCUCUGCUCAUCAAGAUGGCCUUUUCUUGCUUGGAAUCGUCUCCACAAGCAAGACCAGCCAUGAGAGAGGCCUACCAAACACUCAUCCAGCGGCCCUCUCCUAGUUCCCGAACCGUGCCUUUCAGCACACUUACAUUACAACAAGUAAGGGAUGCAUGUUGACAUAUCAUCUGAAUUCUAGUGAGAAUCCAGGGUCUAUCAAAGUGGAGGCCGAUUUAGGUUUCCGCUUUUGGCUCGAGUCACUCAUAAACCACCUAUAUAUACCUCUUGUAUGCCAUGACAUGCCACACAGGAUGAGUUGACGACUCACUGUACGUCUAGCUAUUUGUAGACUCUCCCGAUACAACAAGAGAUAACUGUUGUGUACCCAUGGUUUUUCCCUCGAGGGUUUUCAACGUAAAAAUGUGUGUCCCGUCCAGUGUUCUCAUUCGGGGACUAAUGACAGGGAUACAGUCCUAGGGUAGGGU